GCGAACCGGUCCUGGUGCAUGUAUCAUUUGCUGUCCUCAGUGACACGCCGAGAACGUCACCAACGGCUCUUCCACUUUCUGUACGUACUUGUGGAAAAUGGCAUCCAAACAUGCAGCUGUGCGUACAAAGAAAGCGGUUUCCGCACCUCAAGAACUGAAGAAGAAGCCCAGCCUUCCGACGGUCUAUAAAUGUGGCUGCAAAGGCAACUGCGGGUCCACACGAUGCGGCUGUGUGAAGAGAGGCUCUGCCUGUGGGGACUCCUGCAAGUGUGCCGGCUGCAAAAACCCCUUCAACAUCCUCCAGGAGUACGGCAUCGACUGUGCCGCAGCAGCCCGGGACAGGUGUCUCAUGGACAACAUCUUCAAGAUCAAGACCGAAGAUCUGCGAACUCGCCUGGGGAAGAAAAAAACCGUGCUCUUCUGCUGCGAAAUUUGGCUACCUGUAAAGGACAUGGUCCCUGGGUAUGUCGAAUGUCCCAUAAUUGACUGCCCGAUUCAGUCGCGGUAUUCCUGGUGUCGGGACCACACUGCCGAGCAGGCGUGCGACAGCCUGAGGCACUGUGAGAAGUGCGGCGUCUGUGUGAACGUGGACGAAUGGGACCGACACUGCGACGACUGCAACAAAUGCUACCGUUCUGGCGGCUGGUCGUGUUUCCCGUGCCCGUGUAAGCGCCCGGGCGCAGGCAUUGACUGGUCAGACGAAGACAGCGACUCGUCAGAUGAUGACAGUGAUUCGUCAGAUGAUGACAGCGACCCUUUCAAGCUAUUCAACGAGGCACGCUUCUUGUGCGAUGAAGACAUUGACUGGUCACGGCAUGUACAGCGUGUACAGUAUAUGUACAGCGAUUCGUCAGAUGAAGACAGCGACUCGACAGAUGAACAGCGAUCGUCCGAUUCGUCAAAUGGUGACAGCGAUUGGUCAGAUGAAGACAGCGACUCAGCAGAUUCGUCAGAUGAAGACAGCGGCGUCGACUCGUCAGGUGAAAACAGCGGCGUCGACUCGUCAGAUGAUGACAGUGGCGUCGACUCGACAGGUGAAGACAGCGGCGUCGACUCGUCAGAUGAAGACAGCGGCGUCGACUCGUCAGAUGAAGACAGCGACGUCGACUCGUCAGAUAAAGACAGCGGCGUCGACUCGACAGGUGAAGACAGCGGCGUCGACUCGUCAGAUGAAGACAGCGACGUCGACUCGUCAGGUGAAGACAACGGCGUCGACUCGUCAGGUGAAGACAGCGGCGUCGACUCGUCACAUGAAGACAGCGGCGUCGACUCGUCAGAUGAAGACAGCGGCGUCGACUCGUCAGAUGAAGACAGCGGCGUCGACUCGACAUGUGAAGACAGCGGCGUCGACUCGACAGUGGAAGACAGCGGCGUCGACUCGUCAGAUGAAGACAGCGACGUCGACUCGUCAGGUGAAGACAGCGGCGUCGACUCGUCCGAUGACAGUGGCUCGAAAGAUUCGUGA